CCUCCGAUGAGUAUCUCUUCCAGCGGUCCCCACAAGUCCGACUAUCUUCACAUUCGCCGUCGCUCGGCAUCGUCCCUAUGAGGCGGCAGAGCCAAUCGGCAUUAUACAUCGGCAGCGCGUGGGCUCUUUAGGAAGGUAGCAGGACUGCGUGAGAAUUCUGAUGACGCUCACAUCCACGUAUCUUGUCGUAGAAACAUGAGCAUGUGAGUUGUGCUCCACUUCCACCGGUCUCAGCAGCAGCCCGACCUUCGAUGCGACCCACAUGUAAAGCAUAGACCCCAAGCCGUCACCCAGGGCUGCACUCGUAGGGCAACCCAUAGCAAACGAUGGAUGGCGACUUGCCUGACGUUCCGUUCCGAUCCGCCUCAUUCGCGCUCCACCACCGCAGGAGACAUCGCGUCACCUUGCGGACGAUCGAGGCCUCCACUGCGAUGCAAUCCACCCUUGCUCCAACUGGUAAUCUCUCACCCCCUCAGCACAACCCAAAUCACAAGUCAUCAAGCAGUCAAUGCAGCCACACGCUCGCGGGCCUCUUGCCCGCCAAUCGUCGUCUUCUCCACAGCGCCCAACAGCCAUGUCUUGCAUAAUGGACAAACACCCCGACCAACAACUGCCUUCCUUACACCCGAUCGGAAUCCUCCCUGCUGCGCCGCAACUGUACGUCGACGGCUAUUACCAUCUGUCAUGUGCGGAGGCCUGAGCAGUAGUAGUCGUAAGCAACGUCAAGUCAGACUUGCCCUGCGUUUGUUGGGUGCCAGACCAGGCCAGGCCGAUUAUGCGGCCCCACGUUAGCUUGUGUAGCAGUUGACGUAUCGUACGUACGUCCAUGUGCGAAAGCUGCACUCCAUACUCUUGGCGUCACAGAUCACCCGCAUAUCUCUGGA